AUGAAUAAAGCGCAUUUCCUGGCGUCUUCUUUUGUCUUGCUCCGGUGGACCAGCACUAAUCACGGCUACUUGCAUGUCCUCCAGCUGGUGGUCCACUCCCGCAAAAUGGGCAGGCACCGGGGGGCCACUUUCUUCUUAAUGACGUCCAAACGGUGCUCCCGAAAACGGUCGCCAAGUCUACGGCCCGUCUCUCCUAUGUAAACGACCCCAGGGCAUCUGCGGCACGAAAUUCAAAAGAUCAGCUGGCUGGUGAUACACGUAAAAAACCCUUAGAUUUUGAUCUGCCCCUGUGUAGUGGUAAUGCGGUCAGAGGAGUUAAUGAAAGAACAGGUCCGGCAGUCACGUCUGUGACAAGGAGAAUUGCCAAUCUGACGUUGGAGAACCUGCGGUAAGGAGCUAUGAACGAGAAGAUCUUUUUGGUUUUUAGUGCGACAGAAGGCUUUAAGCGGCAGUCUGUGAAAUGUGACCUUGGUGCUUUCGUCAUCCCGUAGAAUGGUAUAAUUUCGCAGUAGGAUAUUAAAGACGGCGAUGUUCUUAGGAUGGUAUGUAAUGACCAGUGGGGGUCAGUCGGCCGCAGUGCAGUUACUACCCAGGAUGGUGACUAAUAGGUCAGCCCUCUGUUUUUCUUCUGCUUGGAGACGUUCUCUUGUAAUUAGGCCAUGGGGAUAAGCCGGUGCAACUAUUCCCGCCACUGAGGACAAUGCUGAUGCUGAUGCCCGGCCGUUUUGUAAUUUCGACCUAAUCGUUCACUGGAAAACCUAAAACGAAAAUGAUCGUUAAAGGGGCUGUAUCAAUUUUCCAAAGAAGAUGUUCAUAAAAAAAAAACUCGUCAGUCGAUCUUUACCUGCAUGACUUCAUGACUUGCCUAAUGUUAAUUCGAUAAGCAUCACAUACCACCUCUGGUAAACUUACACUGAAGAUAAAAUUAAAGACAAUUGGAAAAGACCAAGGUAUCCUACCUACUGCUGUGUCCAGUCCCCAGACAGCAUAUAGUAGAAAGGGAAAGUUAUCUUUAUUCUGUCUUGCCUUCUUUUCACCGUUAUACUAAUGAAUUGAUUUCGUUUCAUUACCCAGCUUGCCGUGCCCCGGUUGAUAUAGCGUUCAUUAUCGAUGGUUCAGGAAGUAUUGAGCAGUAUGGCAGAGGGAACUUCCGUCGAUGUCUCAACUUCGUAAAAGCCAUUGUCAGGGGAUUUAAUACCGACAAUGGACAAACUCGGGUCGGAGUCGUCUUGUUCUCGUCCAGGCCUCGGCUGAUCUUCGGCUUUAGACGAUAUCGUCGAAAGAAUCAACUUCUUACAGCAAUCAGCCGCAUGCGCUACCCCAGGGGAGGAACUAAAACCGGAUAUGCCAUGCGUUAUACUUACUACCGUGUGUUCAGAUAUGCAAGAAGAGGAGUUCGGAAGGUAUUUCUUCAGACCUUUAUUAUUACCUUUGUUUUUGGAAAAUUGUGAAUCUGUUCACCAGGCAAAUCAAAGUGCCCCAAGCCAGAAUCCUAAAAGUAUUUAAACACUUUGUGAUUUUACUUUUUAGGUUGUUAUAGUUAUGACUGAUGGUCGUUCGUAUGAUAGCGUUGUUGGUUCUGCUCGUUUAUUUCGUGGAAAGAACAUCAAAUGUUACGCGGUGGGAAUUGGCCGUAAAUUUAACAGAAGACAGCUGCUACAGAUCGCAGGCGGAGACAGGCGCCACGUGUUGACGGCAGGAUUUAGGAAUCUACGAUCCAUCGCAGGAACUAUUGGACGGCGAGCAUGUAAAGGUACAAACAUCAGUAAUAGAAAGCUAUCAAUUUUUCGAAAUUUUAAAUUUAAUUAUCUGUUUUCACUUGCUCAUACUUGGGAAAACACGUAUAAAUUAAAAUUAGGCAAAUUUAUUUACUAAUAAAGGUUGCAGAUAUAAAGCCCCUUUUCCAUACUACCAUUUUUUUUACAUUAGCUAAUGAUUUUCCUGCCCCUCUGUCAAGUUCAAUUUUACAGACAUCUCUUUGUACGGUAUUUUGGAAAGAAGACCAAGUUGACCCUGGGCAUCAAAUGAUCAUGUAAUUGUUAAGUUUGGUGUGCUUUGUUCUCUUUAAAGACAAAAUUACGCUGUGUGUUUAAUUUAACGUUUUCGUUCAGUAGGACUUUGAAUAUAUUUGGUGCAGAGUAUAUAGAGUAUUAAAUUAAGGACACAAAGGUGUCUACUAAAAGUUGUUCCUUUUCUAAACUGUUAAAGAUGACUUAGAGUAAAAAAAAGUGAAAACUUUUCCGUGGAGGGAGUUGCCAACAACGAAUUAGUAUGUAAGAACUUCAGGCCGGUUAGUAAUCUGCCUAUGGUCUCCAAAUCAGCUGAGAAGGCAGUUGUGGGUCAACUUUUCCGGCAUUGCUCUGAUAGUGCUCCUCUUCCAGUUCAUCAGUCAUCCUAUCGUCAGUUUUAUUCAACUGAGACGGCUCUUCUUAAAGUCCAGAGUGAUAUACUCUCCAACAUGGACAAUCAGGAAGUAACUCUUCUUGUUCUUUUAGAUCUUAGUGCCGCUUUCGACACUGUCGAUCAUAACAUCCUGAUUAACAUCCUGGAAUCAGAUUUUGGAAUUUGCGAUGAUGUUCUGAAGUGGUUUAGAUUAUAUUUGGCUGGAAGGGUACAACGUGUAAUUGUUAAUCAGCAGUCCUCCAAGACUUUCAAUUUAAAUUAUUGUGUUCCUCAGGGGAACUGUUUGGGAUCUUUCCUUUUUUUAUUAUCUGCAUCAAGGCUGUUUGAGGUUGUUAAGAAGCACCUUCCAUCAGUUCAUGGGUACGCUGAUGAUACUCAGUUGUACGUGUCGUUUCGUCCAGAUUCCUUUGGUGCUCAAGAUCAAGCGAUUAAGGUUAUUGAGAACUGCAUAGCUGAUGUUAGGGCUUGGGUAGUCUCACACAGGCUGAUGUUUAAUGAUUCAAAGACAGAAUUUCUAAUCAUCGGUUCGUCGCAGCAGUUAUCGAAGGUUACCAUGGCUUCAAUUAAAGUUGGUGACUGUGACAUUCAACCCCUUAAGCAUGUUAGAAAUCUUGGCACAUGGUUUGAUAACCAUAUGUCUAUGAAUACUCAUAUAGGAAAGGUGUGUAGUAAGGCAUUUAGGGGGCUUUAUAAUAUUAGGCAAAUUAGGAAAUAUCUGUCUGCUGAAUCAACAAAGUGUUUAAUUCAUGCGUUUGUUACAUCUCAUUUAGAUUAUUGCAACGCUCUAUUGUAUAAGCUUCCGCAAUAUCAAUAUGACCGACUUCAAAAAGUUCUUAAUGCGGUGGCUGGGGUUACAGGCUUAAUUCCUAAGUUUGCCCAUAUUACUCCGGUACUUAGGCAACUUCAUUGGUUGCCAGUGAAUUUUAGGGUAGAAUUUAAGAUUGCGCUUUUAGUUUUUAAAACGUUGAACGGCCUGGCGCCACAAUAUAUAUCUGAACUACUUGUUGUAAAGCCUAGAACUAGAUACAGCCUGAGGUCUGAUUCUGAAACAUUGCUUGUAAUUCCUAAGAUGACACGGAAGACUUUUGGCGAUCGAGCCUUUUUCCAUGCUGGACCAACAGUAUGGAAUGCUUUGCCAUCUAGCCUUAGAAACUGUAGGAACAUUGACUCUUUUAAAGUACAGUUGAAGACUUAUCUUUUUAAGAAAGCUUUUAAUUUGUAAUUUUAUAUUCUUAUUACUAUUAUUAUUUCUGUCCAUUUAUUUUAUAUAUAUAUUUAUUUUCUUGUACUUAUUGUAAAGCGCUUUAGAAUAUUUUAAUAGUUAAAGCGCUAUAUUAAAUGUAAUAAAUUGUUAUUAUUAUUAUUAUUAUUAUUAUAACACUUAAUUUUAUUCAAUAGAAGUCAAAGUGAAUUGACAUUUGUUAGAUGACCUUGGAGAACAUUUAAUCUAGAAAAAAGCGAUUUGUUUAGCCUAAGGAUUUGAAACGUCCUUUGUGUGACUUUUGGGCUCUACAGAUAAAUUCUGGGAAAUCAACUACCGACAUCUACCAUACAUAUUAGUGUCCCAAAAGACACAUUAUAAUAGUAUUUUUACUUUAUUUUAGGAGCACGCCCCGUUCGCCCUGUUCGUCCACCAGCACAAGGUAAUGUUCAAGAGACUUAAACAUUUUCAGCCUCGUCCCAAUAAGAAGUCACUUUUCAAAAGUGCAUAUCAUCAUGCAGAAGUAUCAUUAUUAAAUACCAAAGAAGGUCGGCCAACUAUUUCUUUUCUUUACUUUACCAGGUUGCCGUGCCCGGGUUGAUAUAGCGUUUAUCAUCGAUGGCUCAGGAAGUAUUGAGCAGUAUGGCAGAGGGAACUUUCGUCGAUGUCUCAACUUCGUAAAAGCCAUUGUCAGGGGAUUUAAUACCGACAAUGGACAAACUCGGGUCGGAGUCGUCUUGUUCUCGUUCAGGCCUCGGCUGAUCUUCGGCUUUAGACGAUAUCGUCGAAAGAAUCAACUUCUUACAGCAAUCAGCCGCAUACGCUACCCCAGGGGAGGAACUAAAACCGGAUAUGCCAUGCGUUAUACUUACUAUCGUGUGUUCAGAUAUGCAAGAAGAGGAGUUCGAAAGGUAUUUCUUUGGACCUUUAUUAUUACCUUUGUUUUUGGAAAAUUGUGUAGAUAAAUCUGUUCACCCGGCAAGUCAAAGUGCCCCAUGCCAGAAUCGUAAAAGUAUUUAAACACAUUGUGACUUUACUUUUUAGGUUGUUAUAGUUAUGACUGAUGGUCGUUCGUAUGACAGCGUUGUUGGUCCUGCUCGUUUAUUUCGUGGAAAGAACAUCAAAUGUUAUGCGGUGGGAAUUGGACGUAAAUUUAACAGAAGACAGCUGUUACAGAUUGCAGGCGACGACAGGCGCCACGUGUUGACGGCAGGAUUUAGGAACCUACGAUCCAUCGCAGGAACUAUUGGACGACGAGCAUGUAAAGGUACAGCUAAACUGACCGUCGUAACAUGUGUAUAAAUGACAGCGUAAAUAACACACGAUGAAGCUUAGGCAGUGGAAGAUUUUUUAAGAUUUAUCCAGGAAAACAUAUCCAUUGACGAACUCUAAAGAAAACGAUGACUUUAUUAUUACAUUGAAUAUGCCUUAUUGUGAUAGCGAGGAAUCUUCUGUGUCCCUCACAGAAUCUAUUUAUAUUUACAGACUGCUAGGAGCACGGGUGACGUAUCAGUUACUGACUCGUACAAGUUUUACAAAAUAACCCAUUGUAACGUUUCUUAUUGAAUACAUAAUCGCGCCCUUAUGUCAGUCGCAUCUUUAUUCUUUUUUUAGGAACACGCCCUGUUCGACCAAGACAAGGUAAAAAAGUUGUGAUUAUGAUGGUAUUAUAUCAGAAUUUGGUGAUGAGUGGACAUUAACAAAGUCAAUCUUGGAAACAAAACUUGCAGUAUUUUUAUUUUGCUGGUUUGAUCGAGCUCUUACCGCCAAAAACAGAUCUUGCGCCGAAAAUGGCUUUAAACGUUUGUGCGUUUCUUCUUUGUUCUUUUCCAACAGGAGGGCGCUCUAUUUGUAACCUUCCCAAAGCCACUGGUCCUUGUCGAGCAGCCAUUCAGAGGUGGUAUUUUAACCGGGCAAAAGGGAUCUGCGAGAGAUUUAUUUAUGGCGGUUGUCGUGGAAACGCGAAUAAUUUCCGGACCAGAAGGGAGUGUGAACGGAGAUGCGCUGGUAGAGGUAAGUGUAUACAUUCCAUAUACUCUGAAGCUCACGCAUCAACAUGAUAUGUUGAAGGCUUAGCCUUCUGCGCAGUACGAAAUAGAAAAUACAAGACAGACUUACCUUGACCUUUUCCAGGUAUCUUUGCUUCAUCAGAGUUUUCCAAAUGUAUCUUUUUCUGCUUUGCAAGCGUGUUGUGCCCGAGUGUCGUUAUUUAUAUAAGAAAUUUGACCCAAACAAAGAAGGAAUCCAACUCCACCUGAACGAAGCGAAUAUUUAGGACUGGAUGUCAUUGGCCAAAAGCCGAAGAUUGAAUGAUUUACGCCACAAUGCGUUCGGCGUCAUAUCUUCAAAUUAAAUCCUUUCCGCUAAACUGAACGUUAAAUACAUUGGUGAAGGCAACCUUCGACAUCACCUUUGCUACUGCCAACUAAAACACAUGCAAGUAAUGAAACCAUCUUUCAUUUUGUUUCAGGGGCACGCACUGUUCGGCCACCAGCACAAGGUAAUUUUCAUGAGUAUUUUAAACAUCAAGCCUUGAAGCAGUAAGAAAUCACUUUUCAAUAGUGUAUAUCAUCAUGCAGAAGUAUCAUUAUUAAAUACCAAAGAAGGUCGGCCAACUAUUUCUUUUCUUUACUUUGCCAGGUUGCCGUGCCCGAGUUGAUAUAGCGUUCAUCAUCGAUGGCUCAGGAAGUAUUGAGCAGUAUGGCAGAGGGAACUUUCGUCGAUGUCUCAACUUCGUAAAAGCCAUUGUCAGGGGAUUUAAUACCGACAAUGGACAAACUCGGGUCGGAGUCGUCUUGUUCUCGUCC